GUGAUGUUCGUGAUUUCCUCUAGCAUCCGUCUGGAAAACGAAAACGUCCAAUUACUUAGUCAUCGGUUAAUCAUUUAGGAUGAGGAUGGAUUGGCAUUGCGAGCAGAGUAGUAGUUGAAUAUACGAGAGCCGCAGGAACGGUAACAAUUGAGGUUUGAGCGAACAGGCACAUUCGAAUCAAUAAGAAUUUCAUCUCUUACCACUGAGAGAGGUGGAACUGGCGUGCAGGAUGUGACACCGGAUCAUUGACUACUAGUUCUGGCUUUAUUUGUCCUCCUAGGUGAUAAUUUAUAUUUUUCAAAAAUGACAUUGAGAUUGACAUAACAUUCCAUACUAGAACCUAAUCGAAUUUAUGAGCAUCAAGCCAGAUUUAGAUAGAAGACUUUUCGGAUGGACUCCAUUGUCCCUUCCGUACUGCCGCAUCCGAUUACUUACUUAUCUCCAUUCAUAUGAUGUUAAUGUUGUCGUCGUCAUCAUUGGGUUAUUUGGCGCUUCCUGAUUCUGUUGGGAAUCCGAGACUCUCUUAUAACAAACGAGGUUCCUAUUUCCUCUGAAUAGAUUAUAAUCGAUGAACACCUGCACUUUCUUGUUUACCUACAAAACUGAGAAAAAAAAACCGAGAGGUCGUAACCAACCUAUACCAAGUAGACGCUCUAUUCAUCUGUAAGUAAUUAGAAUUAUCAACAUUGGGAUGCAUAGGAUUCUAGAUUCAGCUGAAAUAGACAUAUACUAGACACACAACUUAGAACGCACAACGUGUACAAGUCGGGCCUGCUGCGGCAGAGUGCUAGUUCCUAGGUACGUAGCGUACUCCUACGCAAACACUCGAAAGAAUGAUCCCUGCGACACCCGACUACGUGCUCGGGCUCGAGGGGCCAGCGAAGGACUUUCUCUGCGACCUGGAGGCAAAUCAUUACGGUGUCGAGUUCCUGGCAUUCAAGAUUCGAUCUAUAAAUGAGGUACUAGAACAAGUUAGUUGUACCAUCAACAUUGUUGGUAGUUUCACUGCGGCACCAUGCUCUACUAACUUUAGCUACAUUCAUACAUUUGAAAUUUUCUCUAGAUUCCAUAUCAGAGAAACAUGGAAGCUUAGUCGAACAGCAAACAAAGGGAUGAGAUAUGAUGAGUUUUUUCUGUGUUGUUCUUCAUUCGUGGCUGUUAAAUGGGUGAUGUCGACACAAAUAGAAAAAGCUAUAAUUAUUAUUGAUGCAGCAAAGAGAAUGAUUGUAGUUGUUUUCUUCCACUUGCGUGAUGUGAAUAAAAUCAGGACACCGGUGAGUCAAAAGUUCAUUUUGACGUGCGUGCAGACGCCGCCGCGGAGGCCGCGCAACCACCACCAGCAGAUCCAGACGAGAUUAGAAGAGUGCGGUACCACUUCGGACCGGCCUUUCUUGAUUUGAAGACCAUCGGAACGGAGCUCGAGUUUCGUUGCACCAAAGAAGUUCGGAAUUUCCGCAUGAUCGAGCGACACUUCUUCAGGGACGAGUAUUUCUGAUUUCCUAGCAUUGUUUCGAUUUUUGAAAACUCGCACUAUAUACUUAGUCGUUUCUGGCCUACGUACUUUAUCCUACUCUAAGGCAUGUUCUAGAUCGAACCAACAUGACCACAACGCACCAGGUGCAUCAAGAGCUACGACUUUACCUUCCCCUUCUGUAUGCCGAAUAGCGUGAAUACGUGGGAGAUAAUAUAUUCUAUGCCAGAGGUGCUGGACGAUCACUUGAAGGAACUGAUAACUGCUCAUCCCUGGGAGACCACAUCAGACAGUUUUUAUUUUGUAGACGACGAACUGAUCAUGCACAACAAAGCAGAAUAUUCCUACUCUCCAGACCUUCCGGAGCAGUAG